AUGAUAUCAAAUUUUAUUAAGUCUAAAAUACGCGCAACUGUCAACGACCCGACUAUUGCCAGACUCUUGUUGCCAUAUAAUCAUCUUUUUGGUAUCAGACGUCCCUGUGGUGGCACUGGUUAUUAUGAAACAUUUAAUCGCAAUAAUAUCACACUUGUUGAUCUUCGUUAUAGAGUCGUCGAUGAAAUUCAGACAACAGGAGUUCGAGUUGGGAACAAGACAUAUGAAGUAGAUGAUAUCGUUCUUGCACUUGGAUUCGAUGCCUUCACUAGUGCAUUAUUCAAUAUAGAUAUUCACGGUCAAUCAGGGAAGACAAUUCAAGAAAAAUGGGAAAAAGGAUGGCGUACUAAUCUAGCUCUGAUGAUCGCUGACUUACUAAAUUUAUUUACGAUUAGUGGUCGCGGUGCUCCAUCUGACUUAACUAAUAUGGUUCCACAUAUCGAACAACAUGUUAAAUGGAUAACAAAAUGUUUAGAAUAUCUACGAACGCAUCAUAUUAAUAUGAUAGAACCCACUCUAGAGGCAGAGAAUACUUGGGUUAAACAUGUAAAUGAUGUUGUCGAAAAUACUCCUUUUCGAAUAUUCAAGUCAAUCUACAACGGACCAAAUAUUCCCGGAAAACUAUGA